CGCCGCGCCCGCCUUUUCACCCCGCUCGCUCGAUCGGCAUCCGCGCGCAUCGCGUCGGCAUCCUCCCUCCAGCCCUGCUGCGCCUCCCCUCCUUCCCUCCCUCCCUCGCCUCCGCGAUCUCGCGGAACCCUGCUAGAUCCCUGACCCCGCCAUGUCCAACCCCUGGGGCGGCCUCGGCGGCGCCGGCGCGUGGGCGCUGGACGCCGAGCGCGCCGAGGAGGAAGAGCGCGACGCAGCCGCGAACCCCGCCCCCGCACCCGCGGCGGGCUUCCCCAGCCUCCGCGAGGCCGCCGCGGUAAACACCGCCGCCGGCAAGUCCAAGAAGAAGAGCAAAGGCACCACGCUCUCGCUCUCGGAGUUCGCCGGGUUCGGCCCGGGGCGGCGGCAGGCGCCGGCGCCGGCGCCGCCGGAGCCUCGGGGUCUCACCACGGCGGAGAUGAUGAUGCUGCCCACCGGCCCCAGGGAGCGGUCCGCCGACGAGCUCGACCGUCCCCGCGGCCUCGGCGGCGGCUUCCGCUCCUACGGCUCCGGGGACCGCGGCGGCGGCGGCGGAGGAGGCGGGUUCGACGACGACGGCCGCCGCGGGCCGCCCGGCAGGGGCUCGGAUCUCGACAUGCCCUCCCGCGCCGACGAGGAUCGCGACUGGUCCAUGAGCAAGAAGUCGUUCGCGCCCUCUCCCGCCGACUCCGCCUCGCGGAGCCGGUACGGUGGCCUCGGGGGUGGCGCGCCCGCGUCCGUCGGCCGCGCCGACGACGAUGGCGACUGGUCGCGCGGGAAGAAGCCACCACCGCCGUCAGGCCCGUCGCGCUACCCGAGUCUCGGCUCCGGCGGCGGCGGCGGCUUCCGCGACUCGCCCGUCUCGGCCGACUCCUCUGACCGCUGGUCCCGUGCCGCGCCGAGCAAUGGCGAGCGUGAGAGGCCUCGCAUCGUGCUCGAUCCGCCCAAACGUGACGCCUCGGCCACUCCUACUCCACCUGUUGAGGCGGGGCGCAGCCGCGCGAGCCCAUUUGGAGCCGCGAGGCCACGGGAGGACGUGCUGGCCGAUAAGGGGCUGGACUGGAAGAAGAUGGAAACUGAGAUUGAUCAGAAGAGGACUAGCCGCCCCACCAGUCCACACUCGAGCAGGCCAGAGAGUGCUCAAUCGUCACGACCUGGGAGCCCCGGGUCACAGAUUUCAGCCACUGCUACUGAAGCCGCACCCAGGGCACGGCCAAAGGCAAAUCCUUUUGGUGACGCAAAGCCAAGGGAAGUGAUUCUGCAAGAGAAAGGGAAGGACUGGAGGAAGAUUGACCAAGAGCUGGAACAUCGUCGUAUUGAUAGACCGGAGACAAAUGAAGAGAGUGUGUUGAAAGAAGAGAUCAACUUACUUAAGGUGGAACUAAAUGAAAGUGAAGGCAAGAUAAGUGAUGAGGAUGCAAAAAGCCUCUCUGAGAAAAUAACUCAGAUGGAAGAGCAGCUGGAACUUCUUAGAAUUGCCAUGGAUGACAAGAUCAGAUUUUCGCAAAGGCCUGGUUCUGGAGCAGGCAGGGUUAUAGCAUCACCGCCAACUAAUUCUGUAGAUGAACCCCAAAUAAAAGAGUCCAUGGAAAGGCCACGUUCCCGCAGCGGCACAGAGCAAUAUCCAAAACCAACUGAAGAAAGGUGGGGGUUUCAGGGGAGCAGAGAUAGAGGCUCUUUUGGUGGCAACAGAAUUUCAGAGAGGUCGUCGGGAGGACAGAGGUGGUGAGACUCUAGGGGUCAGAUUUUUUGAAACUGCGGAAAAAUAAGUUAUGUUCCUCUUGGUACUUGACUCUCAUUUUGUUUGGCUUGGAAGAGCGGAGAGGAUCGUGGGCAAUACAGAUUACGUUGCACCAAGCUGUUAAUUACCACCUUUAUGGUGUUUCUUCCAUUUCCCUUUUUUUUGUGUGUAAUUUUUCUUUUGCCCUCCUCUUCCAUGUCGAAACAGGUGCUUUGAACCUUUCAUAGGCUAACUAUUGUCGUUGAUUCCUGCAUAACUAUAUGCUUUAACAUCAUUUUGCCAAUGGCUUGUUUGAAAGGUGGUAGAUCAUCUCUAUUCAGAUUAUAGUAGUGA